AUGUUAUUUUUCUCCUUUUUUAAGACUUUAGUGGACCAAGAAGUCGUCGUACAGCUCAAAAAUGAUAUCGAAAUCAAGGGUACAUUACAAUCUGUGGACCAAUUUUUAAACUUAAAGCUUGAUAACAUUUCCUGUACAGAUGAAACUAAAUAUCCACAUCUAGGUUCCGUAAGGAAUAUGUUUAUAAGAGGUUCUACAGUAAGAUACGUUUACUUGAAUAAGAACAUGGUGGAUAAGAACUUAUUACAGGACGCAACCAGAAGAGAAAUUAUGAGUGAGAAAAAGUAA